CACGAGCCAAUGCGGUCGAGAGGCGGGACUGUGGUGUGUGUAGACGGGGCCCGGGGGAUUGUCGCCGCUAUUGCGGCGUCAGACGCGCAGAGCAGCUCCCCGGAGUGUUCAGAUGUAGUGUUCGCCGCCGCCAUGAGCUACACAGGCUUUGUCCAGGGAUCUGAAACCACUUUGCAGUCGACAUAUUCAGAUACCAGCGCUCAACCCACCUGUGAUUAUGGCUAUGGAACUUGGAACUCUGGGACAAACAGAGGCUACGAGAAUUAUGGUUAUGGCUAUGGCUAUGGCCAGGAUAACACCACCAACUAUGGGUAUGGUAUGGCCACUUCAAACUCUUGGGAAAUGCCUAGCUCUGACACAAAUGCAAACCCUAGUGCCUCGGGUAGCGCCAGUGCCGAUUCCGUUUUAUCCAGAAUUAACCAGCGCUUAGAUAUGGUUCCACACUUGGAGACAGACAUGAUACAAGGCGGCGUGUACAGCUCAGGUGGAGAAAGAUAUGAUUCCUACGAGGCCUGUGACUCAAGGGCCGUCCUGAGUGAGCGUGACCUGUACCGGUCGGGCUAUGACUAUGGCGAGCUUGACCCUGAGAUGGAAAUGGCCUAUGAGGGCCAGUAUGAUGCCUACCGUGACCAGUUCCGCAUGCGUGGCGGCGAUACCUUUGGUCCAAGGGCUCAGGGCUGGGCCCGGGAUGCCCGGAGCGGCAGGCCAAUGGCCUCGGGCUAUGGGCGCAUGUGGGAAGAUCCCAUGGGGGCCCGGGGCCAGUGCAUGCCUGGUGCCUCCCGGCUGCCCUCCCUCUUCUCCCAGAACAUCAUCCCUGAGUAUGGCAUGUUCCAGGGCAUGCGUGGCGGGGGCGCCUUCCCAGGUGGCUCCCGCUUUGGCUUCGGAUUUGGCAAUGGCAUGAAGCAGAUGAGGCGAACCUGGAAGACCUGGACUACGGCUGACUUCCGGACCAAAAAGAAGAAGAGAAAGCAGGGUGGCAGUCCUGACGAGCCGGACAGCAAAGCUACCCGGACGGACUGCUCAGAGAACAGUGACUCAGACAAUGAUGAGGGCACUGAGGGGGAAGCCGCAGAGGGCACUGAAGGUAUCGACACUAUGGAAAAAGGAUCCAGAGCAGAAGGAGAGGAUGAGGAAGGAAAAGAGGAUGGGAGAGAAGAAGGCAAAGAAGAUUCAGAGAAAGGGGCCCUUAUCACCCAGGAUGAGAGUAGCCAGGCCAAACGCAAGUUGCAGGCAAGCAAGAAGAGCCAGGACAAACAGAAAAAGCGGCAGCGAGACCGCAUGGUGGAAAGGAUCCAGUUUGUGUGUUCUCUCUGCAAAUACCGGACCUUCUAUGAGGAUGAGAUGGCCAGCCACCUUGACAGCAAGUUCCACAAGGAGCACUUUAAGUAUGUAGGCACCAAGCUCCCUAAGCAGACGGCUGACUUUCUGCAGGAGUAUGUCACUAACAAAACCAAAAAGACAGAGGAACUCCGAAAAACUGUGGAGGACCUUGAUGGUCUGAUCCAGCAGAUUUACAGAGAUCAGGAUCUGACCCAAGAAAUUGCCAUGGAGCAUUUUGUGAAGAAGGUGGAGGCAGCCCAUUGUGCUGCCUGUGACCUCUUUAUUCCCAUGCAGUUUGGGAUCAUCCAGAAGCAUCUCAAGACCAUGGAUCACAACCGGAACCGCAGGCUCAUGAUGGAGCAGUCUAAGAAGUCCUCGCUCAUGGUGGCCCGCAGUAUCCUCAACAACAAGCUCAUCAGCAAGAAGCUGGAGCGCUACCUUAAGGGAGAGAACCCUUUCACUGAUAGCCCCGAGGAAGAGAAGGAGCAGGAGGAGGUGGAGGGCAGCGCCCUUGACGAGGGGGCAUCGGGCGAAGCUGCGGGAGUCAUGGAAGGAGAAGAGAUUGCUCUGGUCCAGCCCCCUGUGCCCCCUGAGCCGGCCCCCGGGACAACGUCGCCACCGCCACCACCGCCGCCGCCACCGGAAGAGGAGGAGGAGGGCGUCGUACCCCUGCUGGGCGGGGCGCUGCAGCGCCAGAUCCGCGGCAUCCCGGGCCUCGACGUGGAGGAUGACGAGGAGGGCGGUGAUGGUGCCCCUUGACCCGGAUUCCAGGCGGGCGGAGCCCGUGUGGCCCGCGUGGCCGAGGCUGGAAGUAGAGCCUAAUAAAAGUUCUUCCUAUCCACCUA